CCGUGCGGUAAAGAAGAGAAAUAAAUACAUAGAUUUUUAUAAAUUAAAUAACACGACAUUUAUUAAUUAAUAUUUGUUUUCAACGAAAAAUAAAAUGAGUUGUGGAUCAUCAACAUUAAAGUUUACACUAUUUAUAUUAAAUAUUCUAUGUUGUAUAUUUGGAGUUUUAACACUCUCCGCUUGUACGUAUGCUCUAAUUGAAUUCAAUGGAAGUGAAGCUAUUAAAAUACCAUGUAUAGUUGGAAUUGUUCUGAGUUCCAUUCUAUUUUUGAACAGUAUUUUGGGAUGCUGUGGCAUUACACGCAAUUCAAUUCGUGUUACCUGGAUAUACACCAUAGUAAUGUUACUUUUGCUGUUGGGUCAAAUAGCUAUGAUAUUUUUGGAUCCAGUUAAUUUUAGUAAUAUUGCCAAUGAAAUAAUUAAUCUUGUGUGGAAUUCCAAUAUGGCAAAUGAUUUUAAAAUGGCGAUGUAUGAAAUAAAGUAUGAAUGUUGCGGUAAAUUUGGACCAAAUGACUAUACAUCAGCUGAUCUCGCAAUACCACUAAGUUGUUAUCUUAACAGCAACAAUACAAUUGAAACGAAUCUAUUUACCACGGGCUGUGUUACCAAGCUAACGGAUAUGUAUUCAAUAAAUCAAAGAAUUGAAGAAAUAUCUGAUUGGACAUUAGUUGGACUAGAGGGUGCCUCAGCAUUUGUGGCUGCUAUACUAACAAUUAGUUUGAAAAAUAUUCAAAGACGUAAACUAUAUCAUUAAUACGAGUAAAUAAAAGAGGAACAUUGUUAAUAGACGUGCCAUAUUUGUGGAAAAACAAAUUAUGUAUAACCGUAUUCCUGAAAAUUUCAGUAUUUUUAUUGUUUAACUAUAAAAUAUAUCAAUUGUAAAUAAUUUUUGAAAUUAAUAGAAACAAAUAUUUAUUUAAAUUUAUU